AUGAGAGGGAGCCGCUUGAAGCGCGAGGGUAUUGGCCGAAUUGGCUUGGCCUCCACUGUUGGCGCAUUGCCUCCGUCGGAAUGGACAGCAGCUAUCAGGAUUCUAUCGCGGGCUCAAGAUUUUGGCCUUCGCCCCAGUCGUUUCCUGGCGAGCGCGUGCGCAAAAUUCAAUGUGUGGUCUCGUAGCGUGCAGCUGCUAGCAUGGCUGGAGGCGGUUUGGGGACGACCAGAUGCACACUUAUAUGCCACCGUUGAGACUUCAUGUGCCAGGUCAGCGCAGUGGACAGCAAGCAUUUUCAUCCUCGAGAAGCUGGGCCAGCGAGCCAUUUCCUCUCUGGCUGCGCUGAAUGCUGCAGCACAAGCUGCAUACCAACAAAGGCGCUGGACAGGAGCCUUGCAUCUCCUUAGGCACGCCUCUAAACUGGCACCUGGUGCACCCACUGAUGCUAUCAGCCUUGUCAUCCAGAUGACCGCUCUCACGCACGCAAUGAAAUGGAGCACUUGUCUCCAGGUCCUUGCAGGUUUGUCUGACUGCCGGGUGCUUUCAAAAGUCAGCAUUGCACAGAACGCUGCAGCAAAUUGUUGCGUCCAAUUCUCGGCGUGGGCUUCCACUCUCCAAGCGCUGGCCCCAACGCCAAGCUCAGCCUUGGCAGCCUUGGACCCUGUCAGAAGCAAUACGAUCCUCCGCGCACGAGGCAUGUCGAUGGACUGGCAGGAAGCCAGCGCGGUCUUGAUAGGAAUGCUGAACGUACGUGCCAGCGCCACCACGAUAACGCACAACACCCUCUUGAAUGCUUUUGCAGGUUGCGAGAAGUGGGAAGAAAGCUUGUUGGCAUCUCAAUCAAACCCAUCGUCGGAUUUUUGUGACGAGGUAACUUGUGGGACGGCCAUGGCCGCAUGCCAUCGGGCACGUGCUUGGCAGUGCUCCUUAUCUUUGCUGAGAUGGAGACGGACCUGUCAGCCCGGUGAGCCUGAUGUCGUGUCGAUCAAUACUGCGAUAAGCGCCACUGUCCGGGGGUUAUGCUGGCAGAGUGCCGUAUCAGGGCUUUUGAAGCUGGUUGACGGUGCAGAACAGGCUUCCUUCGGGGCAUGCUUAACUGCGGUGUCAUGUGCUCGCGAAUGGUCGAUGGCACUUACCUUGUUGCGUCGCAUUCCUGCAUUCAGGUUGCAGCUGGAUUUGCUAGCUCUUGCACCAGCCCUCCUUUCGGUCGAUUCUCAGUGGCGCGUGUCUCUUCAACUGGCUGCGGAAGCUCCUUUUGGUGGUGUUGCCAGCUGGGCACCCGUGCUUGAGUCGGCAUCUCGCGCAGCAGAGCUGCACCACUUGCCGGCGUUGCUGGAGAACUUGUCAAGCAGGCUGCAGAUCUUUCUUGACGGCUUGGCAGCGGAAAGGUGGUCUGAACUAUUCUGA